GGAAUUUGUAAACUGUGUUUGGCCAAUGAGAGCGGCGUAUUGCUGCGCGAGCCAGGAUUGGAGGUGGGGUGAGGGGAAGAUUGUAGUUGUGCGGAAAGCGGUUGUGAGGCUCCAGUCACUGCGUUUCCUCCCAUAACGACCAUCAUCAUUAUCGUCACCCUACUCGACGAAAGCAGCAGCAACUCCAGGGCGAGGCCACAAACCCGAACUCAUCAUGCCUAAGAGAAAGGUGAGACCUACUCAAUAGGGUGCUGCAGCCGUGCUCUCCGACCUGGUUUUACACGAUGCCGGCCGGAGCCGCUCUCUUACACCAGGCACUGCCCGCCUUCUGUGAUGGUGGCUCCAGGAUGGCCCCCCCUCCUUCGGUGGUAAAACAUGGCAGCUGCUCAUUCUUGGUGGUAGAGCGUGCUCCUGUGCGCUCCAUGUUUGUUCCCUUUUUUUGCUCCGGGGUAUGGCUUAUUCAUGGGUUUAAGCCCGGGGUAGUUAGCCUUCCAUAGUCAUGGAUGUCUGGAGGGUGGGGGUCACGAAUGGGCCUUCCCUGUGCUCUCGCUGGCCACGUUAUUCCACAUGCAGUGCCACAUACACUACCCAUACUGGAGAAACUUAGUGCUUAGCGCCGGAAAGGUAUGAUUUACCAUGGACUCGAAUAGAAACAAGUGCAUCAUACCCAUAAAGUGAGAUGAGCAUUGCCGUGGAACAUUAUUAUCCCCAUGUCCACUAGCCCUUAGAUAAGUAUUAAUAUCGUAGGUUAGUGAUUAAUGCGAAGGACUAACAUCAGUAGUGAUUUCACAGGAUGGCUGCUCAAGGUCAGGCCGUCAUUUGUUUUGUUUUCUAUAAAUUCUAGUAGGUAGUGGUGUGACUCUAAAAACGUGUAGCGUUAUCCUCUACUGUUAUGAGAGAGAAACAGAGAGAGUUGCUUUACUAUGCAGAUUACUGUAUUCUGUAUCGAUUGGUAAAACUGUAAAAAGUUCCAGAUUUCCAUAGUCACAAGAGGUGGGUUUUGUUUUUUUCUUAACAAUGUGCAUGUUUUCUAGAAUUCUCAGCACAUGACCGGUUGUUUCUGUAUACUGUUAUUUGAAAAUAAUCGAUUAAUCUUCUGGAGAAAUAAGCAAGUGUAAAAUAAUAUCAAUAUUUUAUAUAUAUAUAUAUAUAUAUAUAUAUAUAUAUAUCUAUAGUAAUGUUAUGGAAAUAAGGUUAAUUGAAAAAUGAUUAGAUUUUUGCUAAUUGUCUUUUGUAAACAUUUGACACAAAACACAGGCAUGUGUAACAGAAGAGGAUACAUUUCUUUUGUUAUGCAGCCACUUUGAGAUGCCACAUCUGAUAUGGUUUAAAAAAUUUUCUGGUGUCACUGUAACCACGAGUAUUAUUAUGAUCCAGAUAAAAUCCAUUUUUUAUUUUUUUUUAUUUUUUUUAUUGCUUUUAAACUUUUGUAUAAGUGCCUCAGUUACCAGGUUAUUACAUCGUUUGCUUGUGCGAUGCAAUAAAAAUAUCCAAGGUGCCUAUCAAAAGGUAUAAGAAAUUCAUUUUUAUUUUAUUUUUUUUAAACUCUUUGGAUUAACCUUUUAAGAACCAAGGGAGAUGCAGCACAUUUGUGACUUAGUGCAACCCAGAAAAAGUAGUUAAGUCAGGUUAACAUAAUAUCCAUUCAAAACUGCCACAUCGUUCGAUCCAAUGCUGUGGGAAGGUGCUGUCAAGGUUGUCCCUUGCUGCGAAAGUAUAAUUAAGAGGUGCACCAUUUUGGUGGACGAGCAGUUUGGCAAAGUUAGCCCUGGUCCUGUGUUGUGGCACUAUCAAAUCACGCGUCCGAGGGCUGUGGUGGAACUUCCUCGUAACUAUGCUGUUCUGUCCGAUCUAAUUUAGCUUCCAGGAGCUUUAACAAUUGACUCCGCCUUUUUGUCAAGGAGGAAAAAAUACUGAGACAUAGUUUCUACUUUGUCUUAGUUUAUCUUUUAACUGGAUUGAAUUUUCAGUGAAUUCCAACACAGUCAAUGUAUACAGGAUUAAAGUACUCGUGUGGGGUUUAUUAAAGUUCAUUAACAGAACAUGGGGUAAAAAAGUUAAUAUACUGCGGUUUGUUUUUUCAUGGAGGCUCAGUGAGUCACAGGGAAGACCUGGCUAUGGAUGCAUAACCAGAAGCAAACGUCUAAGCACCAGAACAACUUAAGUUUAAUCAAGCAGUUUUAGUGCAAAAACUCCCUUUCAUUAAACCAGACAAUAUUGUAAUGGACAAUGAAAGACUGAAUAUUUUCAUCUAGCCAUGCUUAAAGGGACAUUUAUAGGUACCCAGACCACUUCAGCUCAUUUAUGUGGUCUGGGUGCAGUAACCAUGUACCAUUAUUGCAGUGUUUGAGAAACUGCAAUGACUACAUUGCAGGACUAAGACUGCCUCUAGUGGCUGUCAAUCAAACAUCCACUAGAGGCACUUCCUGCUUGCUAGGCGACUUUUGGUCACUUGACACUGUAUGUCCUUUGCCUGAGGACAUCCGGUGUCUGUAAUAUCCCGUUAGGAAAGCAUUGUAAAAUCAUUCCAAUUUGAAAGUGUAAGUACUACACAAGUUCAUGAUCGGUGUUGGCAUAUUGCAUUAAUUAGCAAUAAAGUCUAAUGAGGACUGCUGAACAAGCAAGGUUCUUUGGAAAUGUUGAAAAAUGUAGGAGUAGUCUGCCCCCACCAGACAGGGUACUCAUGCAUGCAAGCACAUUUGGCUCUCCUCAUAGGAAAGCAUUGCUGCAAUGGAAGGGGAGGACAAGAGGCAAAUAUAGUGUUAGGAAUAUAAAUCUGUAUUCCUAGCACUAUAUUUUCCCUUUGUUUGGUCAUGUCCUUCUUUUCAUAGCUUCUGUACUCCUACCUUUUUCAGCAGACUUUAUUUCACAUUCAUAUGCUAACACCUAUAAAUAUUAAUACAGAAUUUGCCUAACCAAGGGAUUAACAAAUUUAUGCUUGUUUGAUAAAAUAUCACAAACAAAUAAUACUUGUUUGAUAAAAUAUGUUGAAUUAUGGAGUUUUUUGUUUUUGGUAGAGCUUUCAGUUUGGUAUUAGAAAUGCACAUUGGGAUAGCUAAUAGUACGAAUAAGUCAUAUACUGUAUAUGGUUAUUUUUACACUAGGCUUUAUAAUAAAGAAUUAUAAUGGUCUAAUGUGGAUUACAUGUUUUUGUAUGAUGUUUUAUUUGUUGGUUACUUUACAUUUUUUUUUUUUUUGUUGCAGUCUCCAGAAGGUGCAGAAGCCAAGGACGCAGGAAAGGUAACUAAACAAGAGGUGAGUACACAUGAAUUUAUGGAGUGCACUAGUUUCUUUUGAGGGGGGAGGGGUGGCUUUUAAGUGGUGCUGCUGAGGUAAGACAGCUAGUAAAAUAAUUUACGCAAGGGUGUGAAAAUGUGUAAAAAUAAAUAAAUCUACUUGUUCAAGAUUCAAAAUUAAAGUGGUAACUAAUUCAAUGGGCCCUCAUGACAAGCUACUAUUCCUAUCCCACAAAGAAAUUUCAAUGGGAUGGGGUAAUGGUUCCAGUGAGGAUUCUAAUAAAACAUUGACUGAUGUGUCUUGAUGACAGUUGAUAACUGCGGUAGAUAUUAAAUAUUAUCCAUGUUAAAUAAUAAUUUUCUUUCAGCCUACAAGAAGAUCGGCACGGUUGUCUUCGGUAAGUGUCUAUACAUUUAUUUUUUAUUGAUCAUAAAGUAUAUAAUCAUGCAUCUUAAAUGGCAAUAAUAAAGUGGCCAAUACUCGUCAAAAGUGCUGUUAUCUUUGCUGUUGGGGAAUUCCUUUUGUUUCCAUAUACUUAAAAACAUUCUUCAAUGUACAAACAGACCAUGGCACAAAGACUCACAUAAUUCCGCAAAUAUUCUUCCAGGUAUAAAAAUCUACACAUUUAGUACACUGUAAUACAUUCAUAAGGAGGUACAUGAUCACAAAAUACGUAGUUUUUUGCCCCUGGAGGGAAAUUCACAGAAUCUAUGUGAGUCGUUUUGCCAUAGUAAGUUUGUACAUUGAAGAGUGGGGCCACCUAUGAAGUCCUGAAUGAGAGAUGUUGUCAUGAAUGAUUCAGCAUAUCAAGAAAAUAAUUGAUAUACCGGUAAGUGGAGUUACACGCACCUCUCUGCUUCCAUUUUUAUUUUUUACAUUGACCCAAUGAUCUUCCCAAAUUCUACUUGCUAAGGCUAUUAUAUUGGAUGCUAGUAAUUCCAAGAUAGUCCAGGCAGUAUAGCUACAUAGUGGUUAUGGUCCUUUUUAAAGUAACCCUGUCAAGACACAACUUAAAGGAACACUAUAAGGUCAGGAACACAGUGUAUUCCUGACCCUAUAGUGUUAAACUAUUUAACCCUUCACCACAUAUAUAUUACAAACUCAUCUUAUUUCCAGCACGGUGCUCUUACUCAGCCCUCGAUCCACCUCUUUAGCUGACAUCAUCAGAAUUGAUGGUUUCAGCCAUAUACAAUUCUUUCCCAUAGUAAAUCAGUGGAUUGGCUGACAUUGUUAAUUCUGAUCUCAACCACAGAGGUGGACCGGGAGGGGCAGAGCCAAAUGCCACCCUGCCCAAUCAAUGCAUCUCUAUGAAAGUUUAGCGUCUCAAUGCACAAUGUGAAGACUCUGGACCUCUAGUGGCCGUCUGAUGAGUGGUCACUGCAGGUGUUCCUAGGCUCUGAAAAAGGCAGUGUUUACAGCAAAAGAAGUGUAUGGAGGGACAGGCAGUAGACACAAGAACAACUACAAUAAGCUGUAGUUGUUCUGGUGACUAGUGUCCCUUUAAUCUUAAAGGAGCACUAUAGGAUCAGGAACACAAACAUGUAUUCCUGACCAUAUAGUUUUAAAACAAUCAUCUGGCCCCCUCUUGCCUCCCUAAAUAUUGUAAAAUCUUACUUGUAUUCAAGUCUGAAGCUGCUGCCUCUGCCUGUAAACUGCCUCUGUCUGCUGACAUCACCCGAAGUGGUGGUCUGAGACAAUUACCAUGCUUUCCCAUAGGAUUGGCUGAGACUGUCAAGCAGGUAGAUCAGGGACAGAGCUAGCACAAGUCAAACACAGCCCUGGCCAAUCAAUAUCUCCUCAUAGAGAUGAAUUGAAUCACUGCAUCCCUGAGGAAAGUUUAGUGUCUGUAUGCACAGGGUGAAGACACUGAAUGGUAGUGCUGCUUACUCUGCAGCACUGCCCAAGGAAGCUGCUUUAGCGGUCAUCUGAGGAGUGGCCAGUGGAGUUAUAACUAGGCUGUAAUGUAAACACUGCAUCUUCUCUGAAAACACGGUGUUUACAGUAAAAAGCCUGAAGGGAAUGAUUCUACCACCAGAACAGUUGUUCUGGUGACUAUAGUGUCCCUUUAAAUGAUAGAGAAUCUUAUUUCUUCUAUAUUGGCAAAUGUAGACAUUUCUGUAACAUCAACAGAUCUGCAAAUCCGUUCAGUGUGUGCAGUGAUAAGCUGCAUCUAGCCCCAAGCAAGGCGUACAAGAGUCCUAAGGCAAUUUAAGAGGGCCACUUUAGAGCUUUCAAUGACGGACACAAAAAACUGCUGUCACCCCGGAAUCACUAAAAAGCAUGGGUGGAAGCUGUGCAGUGUCCCAGCGGCAACUACCUGCCACCAGAGAGAGAAUGCACCCCAUUAAUAUGAAAAGAAUUACAUAUAUAUUAUUAGGCCAAGUGACAGGUUCACUUUAAAGUGCCAAUUCAUGUAAUACCUGAAAAUAUUGUACUUUUAAAACCAAUGCACAAUUCAAGUCUUAUUGUUUGAGUAUUUUUAGCCUUUCACUAAGGCUGUAGAUUACAUUUAGUAUUUUUAGGGGUAGAGUGUGUUGUGAUUUUUUUUUUUUUUCCUCUUACGUUUCCGCUUUUAAUUGUUUUUGCUUCUUUUAGAAACCUGCCCCUCCUAAACCUGAAGCAAAACCCAAAAAAACAGCUGCCAAGGUAAGGUUCUAUCAAUAUGUGCUAUGAAUUUGUGAAAAAAAAUUUUCUGUUAAUUUAGACAAUCUGGGGGAGGGGAGUUAAUGUUAUUCCCAUAUAGACCUUUUCCCCACAUAUAGUGACAGCACCCAUGGAAUAUUCUUAAUCAUGUUUGUCGAGUACACCUAAAAAUAAAAUUCGCUCCUCCCUCUCAUACCUUAUUUUUUUAAAAAGGUAGUUCCAGACUGAGCAUCCCACUUCUUACUUGUACUGUGGAUGGGUGCUCGUUGGACAAAAGAUGAUGAGGCAGAUGAGCUGAUGCUUGGGGGUAUGUAGCCAUAUAGCUCCCUGGGUGGUGAGUUGCAUGGUGUCAAUCUCCAGAUCAUUCUGCAUCAUGGAGCAGUUAUAUUAUAUCUUACCUAUACUUCCAACACUGGGUAGAUUCAGGGUUGGCAAGGGACUCUCAUUUAGUGUCUGCAAUCACAAUUGGUUUGAUAUGAGACUCAAGGCACCAUAAACCCUUCAUUAAGAUGGAAGAGGUUAUGGUCCUAGAGUGUCCCCUUAUUGUUGGAAGAGUACUUCACGUGUUACAAAACAUCUUCAGAAACGUGAUCCUGGGAUUCUGUCAAACAAAUCCCUUCUGCAAAAUGAUGGUACUAUAGUCUUUGAUUUGCAUUCCAUCUACUUCAGAAUCCUAUGUCUUCUACACGUCAUUAAUGAUUCUUAUUGUUUCGAAAAUGCUCAAACAAAAUCCAUAAAUAGAUGACUGUGAAUGGGUAGCGAAUUUUGUUUCAGUCAGUCAUUUAGUUUUUAGACGUCUAUGACUAUAAAGAUGUGGAAAGUGAGACUGAUUCCAUGUGAAGUAUAUUUAAUCCUUUAGUGGUUUUGUAUGUGUGUGUUUUUUUUUGUUUGUUUUUUUUUUUUUCUUCCAUAGAUUCAAAUUUCAUGAUAAAUCUGUCUUUGUAUUUUAUAUGAAUGAAAAGCAAAUUGAGAUAUUCAGAUUCCAAUGCAGGGCGACAUGCAAAAACAGUCUGUCACAAUAUUCUUUGUACAAUUCCGACUUUGAAAACAUUCUUAUGUUACAUAUGAAAAUUAUUUUUCAGAAGGAACCAGCGGCAAAGGCAAACAAAGGUGGUAAAGGGAAGAAGGAAGAAAAACAAGAAGCUGGAAAGGAAGGUACUACUACACCAUCUGAAAAUGGUGAAACUAGAGCUGAUGAGGUACAUCCCAAAUAGUGAAUCAGUGGUGGUGGUCUUUUUCUAACUCUUACAACCAUUGAUUGCAUGUUCAUAAUGCUUUAUUUAUUUUUUUAUUGCCCGUAAUGUUAUUACAGAUUCACAUCUCUCGCUCAACUGUUAAUGUUUCAACAUCCAGAGGUGCCCUGCCCAGCACACUGUCAAUAAAAGGGCAGAUUGAAACUGUGAAAGUUAAGGGUACGGUAGAUCAUUUUUGUGUGCAGUGCAUAGAAAGCUAGUAGUGUGGUGCUAUUUCAGUGUGAAUAUGAAAGCCGACAGGUAAGGCUUUUAUUGGUUUUUGAUAAACAUCUAAGCUCAGUCUAUUAAAGAGGAAUUUAAUAUUUAGGUUUUUGUCUGUUAACUAGGGCCUUCGUUUUAAACGUUUCACAAUUGUAGAGUGGCAGUUUAGUUUAUAUUCUGAUUUUGGGAGGUGGUUUGCAAGGACAGCAGAAGUAAAAUUACGAAGUACAGAUCUUAAUUACUCUAUUUUUUUUUUUAUCCUGUAGGCACAGAAAACUGAAGAAGACAAAGAGUAAACCGGUCAUGGAACUUUUGAGUUAAUUUUAUGUACCUCUUGAAGAACUUUAAGGAAAAAAAAUAUUUUUCUCAAGUAUUUUGUAAAUGCUAAUUUUUUUAGGACUAUGGUAGUUUAACUUUUACAUAUAUAUAAUGUACAUGAACAUUUUCUCUUCAUAAUCAGCUUUGCAGUUUUUAUUUUCCCUAUUGUCUGCAAGUUUUAAAAUAUAUUAAACAUUUUUUAGCAUUAGUGAGUGGGCUUGAGGCUGAUUUGCAUAUAUGUAUUUUUACAUUUUUUUUGCUUGAAAAAGUCUUGUGCAAAUGCUGAUGUUUUUUACUGUGCCUAUAUGGAUUUUACAUGCCGUUUUUCUAUAGCAAUAAUCAGUGGUGCUUUUGUACUUACAGUUUAUGUGGAUUUGAUGACUAAAUUGUUGUGACCAUCUGCUGACUUUGUUUUUCUUUGAUGGUUAAAAAUAAAAGGUGUUGCCUUUUAAAAGUGUAAAUAUUAUUUUG